GAAAGGAGUUCUACGGUGAGGAUAUAUAUAUAAAGCUGUGCCUGAACCACAGUAGUCCAUUGAUCUGCAGAUCCUUGUCUAACGCAUUACUAGCACAACUGAGACAGGAUGUCAUUACGGGUGGCUGCACUUCUUCUGUUGGCAUCUGUCCUCUGGAGCCAUGUAGCAGCAAGCACAGAUCAGGCUUUAGACUGCUGCUUGACAACGACCGAUACCAAGCUUCCCCACAGAGUGGUGAAGUCAUACAGUAUCCAGACAGUCAGUGGAGGAUGUCGGAUAGCUGCCACUGUGCUUGUCACGAAGAAGAACCUUAGACUGUGUGCUCCUCCUGCCACCAAGAAGAACUGGGUGGCCAAACUCAUCAAGCAACUGAAGAGGAAAUCGCAUAAGGGAAAGGACAGAAAAGGGAAGAAUGGCAAGAGAAGACACUGAAAGGCUGUGGGUGAUCCUUAAACCUCGGAGCUCCAGUAUACGUCCUUUGAGAAGAGUCAAUAUUUCAAAUAUUUUGUGAAUGGGACUGAAAGUUAGUUCUCAUUUUAAGGUGGACGCCACUGUGAUACCGUUGAAUUAUUUUUGACCAACACUCUUGUCACGUGUUGUGUAUUGGAGAACGUCAUUGUCAAAAUGUUGCUCACAGUUACUAUAAGCUUGAUUUUAUAUUGUAUAACUCAUUUAAUGUAAAUAAAUAAGUGUUUAUUUUUUUAAGAAA